CCAGGUCACUCAUUCUCUCUUGUGCAGCCGGGUAGGAUUAGUGUUCGUAACGCUCGAGGACGUGUCACUUAUUCAACGAAGUUUAUCAAGUCUUGGUACACAGUGUGUUGUUUACAACAAAUGUGCGAUUAUGGGCAGCACAAAAUGUCUCAAGAAACGGCUACAAUUAUCAAAGCGAAGGAAAUCCGCAAAAAGGAAAAUGCUUCUGGCGCGUACUGCUAAAAAUCUAAAAAGGGCAGACACUAAUGGCGUAUUACCAGAAAGAGAAGAUGAUUUGCCACCAUUGGUAGUUGAAACUGUCAAGGAGUCUACUUCAUGGGAUGAACUGACAGGAAAUCGCAUAUUCACCCCCGGAUUCGUAAUUCCGGUUAUACUACAAAUACAGAGCAGUCACACAAGAAAAUGCACGGCUGGCACUAUUCGAUUUAAAAAAGAAAUUCUAAGUGGCCUGCACUGCAAAUGGGUCCUCGAAUGCGAUAUGUGCCACAGGGAAUAUGAAAUACAAAAUGUAAGAUCUGGAAGCAGUGUUAUAAACACGUCAGGCGCUUGGGCAGCCUUGUCAUCAGGAGUUGGUUUCUCUCAGUUUGAGAACACAUUAAGUGUGUUGAAUGUUCCUUCCAUGAGUCAAAACACAUUUCUCAAGGAAGAAUGCCUCAUAGAAAAGAUACUGGAAGCUGACUUGUACUCGAGCAUGAAAGAAGCGGGCAAGGAAGAAAGAGAACAAGCUAUUCGAAAUGGUGACAUCGAUGAUGACGGAAUCCCCUUCAUUACUGUGACCGUGGAUGGCGGAUGGGCCAAGCGUAGCUAUGGACACAACUACAACUCCUCAUCUGGGGUGGCAGUUAUAAUAGGCCAACAUACGGGAAAACUUCUCUUUAUGGGCGUCAGGAAUAAGUACUGUUGUAUUUGUGAACGAGCCAUUACAGAACAGAAGGAAGCGAAACAACACUUGUGUUAUAAAAAUUGGGGCAAAACAAGACCAUCAACAGCUAUGGAACGAGAUGUUAUUGUUGAAGGAUUCUGCCAAAGUUUUGAAAUGCAUGGAUUAAAAUACAAGUAUUUCGUUGGAGAUGUGUAUACGCUAGGAUCAUGGAAAAAGUUCCUUAUGGACGUAGUGUCUUUAAAAUUGAGUGUGCCAAUCACUGUGUCAGAAACUACACCGGUCAUUUGCAUACCCUCGCAGCAGACAAGACUUUUUCGUCGGAAGCAAGGAAGCUGCUGA